AUGAGAUUUACUGCAAUCGCCCUGGCCUUCGCUGCCGCCCUUACCGUCUCGGCCGCUCCAAGCCCCGGCGGCAACUCCAACGACAAAUGGUCCUGCGAGUUUGACCUUCAGAACGGAGGCGAAUGGUACCAGUCCGGCUAUGGGGGCUAUGGCGACUGCCACAAAUGGGGAUCUAACAAGAAGUGCACCGGUGCAUACAUGCACAAGGGAAAUAGUAAGGCUAAGAAGGUCUACAUGUACAAGGACAAGAACUGUCAGCAUGAGAUCAAGGAAUGCGAGUAUGGCCAGCAGCAGUGGUGGAAGGAUGAGCCCAUGCAAGUGGGCAGCUACUGUGUUAAGGAAUAUUGA